CCACAAGGCUCUCAAAGGGAGGAAGAAAACAGUUGUAGAGACCAUUGUGAGGAGCCAGUGGUGGGAGGCGGGCUUUGGUGUGGUGAAGAAACACGAGGAUGUUCCCUGUACCAACUUCAGGGAACUUAUCAAAUUGUACCCAUUUCUUGCUCAGGUGGUGAUGGACCACUGCACAUCAGUAACCGAGAAAUGUACUCUGUAUGAUUUCAGACUACUUGAGGACAACUAUUGCAUCAAGGAAGACAAAAACAUUUUACGAUCCUCUGUAAAAAGCCCAUUCAACCAACAGACCUGGGAAGUACUGCCUGCUGCCAAAGAACUAACAUCUAAGGUGUUGGUAUGGAAGAAGGAACAUCCAGUGAGCAUUAUGGCACAUCAUAGAUGUUUAGGCCUCCUUCAACACCCACUAACAGAGGCAUGGAUCAGUUUUAAGUGGAAGUCAUACGCCAGAUGGAUAUUUGCAGGGCUAUUGGUACUACGGCUCUUUGCAGUUGGUGUCCUCAUUGGCUUUAUGGCAACAAUUCAUAAUUGGGAGCAAGUCAAAAAGUAUUCCAAUAAAUCAAAAGAAGUAUUUUGUGGAGUUCUAGAAACUUCUCAUGAUACUGUUAAUGCAGCAGAAGAAAUGAUGACGCCCGAGUUCACGGGAAGACUCCAGUGGAACUCAACUGUGUAUUAUACAUGGCACGUCCUCCUGCUUGUUUCACUCAUUCUUCAGGUCACACUGGAGGUUAUGAGUACAAAGAAGCUGCAGUGGGACUAUGUUGACAGUACCUUCAUCUUCGUGCGGAUCCCUUCCUUGGUGUUGACUACUAUAGUGUGCAUUCCCUCCUGCAAGUGUGGUUUCCAGCUGGGCAUCAAAAUGGUGAGACAGUUUCCCUUUGCUGUUUUUUCAUUUAAUGUUCUAGAUCAGCAACCUGCAUUAAAAGACCAUGGGAAGGUUAGCUGCUGCAUUCCUCUUUACAAACAACUUUAAAACAAAUAUGCUUCACAUAACACUGGAUAGACCAACCGCCCAAAUGGCUUGUACUGUGAUCUGGUAAGUGGUGAAAAUUAUUUUUAAAAAAUCCACUGUUUUUACUAUUUUUUGUGAAGACCUAGAGAAGGAUACAGACAAGGCAUUGAAUGAUAGGUGGGGUGAAGAUAGCACUACAGGACGGUGCUACUGCUGGUGAGGAGGGUAAUUUUGACACAUUUAAAGUUAGGUUGCAAGUACUGUAUAAUCAUUAAAAGAUUUUGAGAACUCACAAAUUUUAUUUGAAUAACGGACAUGUUUUUAUCAAUAAGUGACCAUUAUAAACUUGCAACCUUACCUAACCUGCACAAAAAUAACUAAAAUAUAAAUCAGAACUACAGCCUCGGGCUCGUCAGGUUUUGU